UUUUACCCGCGCCUUUACAAUUCUCUCUCCUCCACUGUGAAAAAGGAGAAGCACAGAAGAGAGAGAAAGAGAGAAAAUACAGAGUGCUGGAAUCACUUGGCCUUGUCUUCCUGUUACCUCUCUCUUUCUUCUUCAUUCCAUUACUGCAAUCCCCUUCUUUUUCCUCUUCUUUUUAAUCGCCAACUCAACGAGCCACGAGAUUCCAUUUCCUUCCUUCUCUGAUUCGGCCAUGGCGGAUGAUAAGGCAAUGUCAGCCACUGUCGUUGAUGGAAAUGAUCCAGUUACUGGUCACAUAAUAUCCACAACUAUAGGAGGCAAGAAUGGGGAGCCCAAACAGACUAUAAGUUACAUGGCAGAACGUGUUGUUGGGACUGGAUCAUUUGGUAUUGUUUUCAAGGCCAAAUGCUUGGAAACUGGUGAAAACGUGGCUAUAAAGAAGGUUUUGCAGGACAGAAGAUAUAAGAACCGUGAGCUACAGUUAAUGCGUGUGAUGGAUCAUUCAAAUGUCAUUUCCUUAAAGCAUUGUUUCUUUUCCACUACUACAAAAGACGAACUUUUUCUCAACUUGGUUAUGGAAUAUGUCCCUGAAACCAUGUUUCGGGUUUUGAAGCAUUACAGCAAUGCAAAUCAAAGAAUGCCAAUUAUCUAUGUCAAAUUAUACAUGUACCAGGUUUUUAGGGGCCUGGCCUAUAUCCACACGGUUCAUGGAGUUUGCCACCGAGAUUUGAAGCCUCAAAAUAUUUUGGUGGAUCCCCUUACUCACCAAGUUAAAAUAUGCGAUUUUGGAAGUGCAAAAAUGCUUAUGAAAGGUGAAGCCAAUGUUUCAUACAUAUGUUCACGCUUCUAUCGAGCCCCAGAACUCAUAUUUGGAGCUACAGAGUAUACAACCUCAAUAGAUAUUUGGUCUGCUGGUUGUGUCCUUGCAGAGCUACUUCUGGGACAGCCUUUGUUUCCCGGAGAAAAUGCUGUGGACCAGCUUGUAGAGAUUAUUAAGGUUCUUGGCACGCCAACUCGUGAAGAAAUUCGAUGUAUGAAUCCAAGUUACACAGACUAUAGGUUUCCACAGAUAAAAGCUCACCCUUGGCACAAGGUUUUCCACAAACGAAUGCCUCCUGAGGCAAUAGAUCUGGCUUCACGAUUGCUUCAGUAUUCACCUAGUCUCCGCUGUACUGCACUGGAAGCUUGCACACAUCCUUUCUUUGAUGAACUUCGAGAACCCAAUGCUCGCCUCCCAAAUGGUCGACCAUUCCCACCCCUCUUUAAUUUCAAACAAGAGCUGUUGGGGGCCUCUCCAGAGCUCGUUAACAGAUUGAUACCUGAUCAAGUGAAACGACAAAUGGGUCUUAAUUUGAAUCUAGCCGUGUCGUAAAUAUAGGCGUAUAGAGCAGUUGGAUUCUUCUUGUUCAUGCGUGGUGCAAAGACUACUGACCAACUUCAAGUUCAACUCUGCCUGCAUUAAACUGGGGCCGUUUAUGUUGCUCUACUCUGAGACUUGCAGGUCGGGGGACUUUACCAACUCUUCCUUGACAUGUUGUUCUCGCUGUUCUGACCUCCCAAUUACCAUCCAUCCCUCAAUCUCAGUUCUAAUAUUACUGCAAGUUGUAUAUGUUUGGUAGUAAAUCGAAGGAGGCCAGAGUUUGACUUAGCAGACAACUGCUAGCUAGAAGAGGGAUAGUUGUAGGUGGCAAAUUGUGCAUCUUUAGUUAGGAAGAGGGUAUCUAAUUUUAUAUAUAUGGAUGAAUGGUUGGAAUCUAGUUAGUUCCAGGGUGGUCUCAAGAUGGCUGACUUUGAAUUGCAAAAACUUGUAGUUAUUUUGUGUUCCAAGAAUCUCUCCCCUUCUCUUAAAUUGAAUAUGAAUCUAUUUGUUCUUUAGAUCCCA